UCUUCUUCUUCGACUUAAUUCAUAAAUAUGGAAUUUAAAUCAAUUUUUAUCCUUUGUCUUGUUUUUGCUUCUAGCUUAUCAUCUCCUUUUACAAAAGAAUUGAAUCGAACUGUAGCUGCUACUGAUGUUGAUUUAUCCUGCCCUGCAUAUGGCCAAGAUUGUAUUUUCAAUGAUAUAGAACGAGCCUAUGAUUCAGGAACCUGGCAGGAGUGUGCUUACCAGUGUAACCAACACAGGACCUGUGUAUUUUGGUCUUGGAGAACUCAGGACUCCGCUAUAAACCCCUACGGUUGCUGGCUGAAGUCUGCCUGUCCUCUGAUCCUAGCUGACCCCGCUCUCAUAUCGGGACACUUUGACUGUUAUUAAUCAGACGAAGAACCAUAACUUAUUCCAUUUUAUUUUUGGUACCACUGCAUGAUCAAUAUUAGAAGAAUUGUAUCAUUUUGGUCUUAACAUUGAACUGCCUGAAACAUUUAGGAAAUUGAUUUUUUUUAAAAUUAUUUGUCACAAAUUUGCAUAAACUUUACAAUCAUUUCACAAUUUUUCGGUAGUUUGAAUUUACAUACAAAAUGUUAGAUUUCUUCUAACGACGCGACUAACCUUAUCCUCUGGUGGGCGCAAAACUAUAUAAUGGAAUGUCGACUGGAAAUUCAUUUACUACAUAUAUUUAAUGUUGGUAUUUAAUAUUUAUUAUAUAUUUAGAAACUUGAAAAUAAAAUUACCAACAUAAAUGGUCAUUUGGAAAAUAAAUGUUUUUUCCCUUAAACAGUUUUUUAACGAAAAAAUAGCGAAUGAAAUUAUUAUGGGUAAAUAAAGUUAAGCUGGAAUUUAUCCUAAAAAGCUAGUUUAACCAUGAUGUAAAAAACUCCCCCCCCCCGCAUUCAGAACGAUAUUUUCCACACACAUAAUCAGCUGAACAUUCUGUGAUAUCUGUGAUUAUGAAAUAUGAUUCUUUUUAUGAUAAAACAAAAACUUAAAACCUUGAGUAUGAUGAUUAGUGAUAAAAAAUGUGAAAAAAUA